AUGCUGAGCGGCAGAGACUCUCUCCCCACUACCCCAGGGCUGAGCCACCCACCACUGCCACUGCCCCCGGGGUACCCCUCCGCCCCUGGUUAUCCCACCUUUCUGCCUGAGCAGCUGCCACCUGGCACGCUCCAGUACCAAGAGCUGAUGCCGCCGGGGAGCUGCCUGCCUGAGGAGACCAAGCCCAAGAGGGGACGCCGGUCAUGGCCUAGGAAAAGAACAGCCACACACACCUGCGACUAUGCGGGCUGCGGCAAAACCUACACAAAGAGCUCUCAUCUCAAGGCUCAUCUGAGAACCCACACAGGUGAGAAACCUUAUCACUGUGACUGGGAAGGCUGCGGAUGGAAGUUUGCCCGAUCCGAUGAACUUACUCGUCACUACAGAAAACACACAGGCCACCGCCCUUUCCAGUGCCAGCGGUGUGACAGAGCAUUUUCCAGGUCGGACCACCUCGCCUUACACAUGAAGAGGCACUUUUAAUUGGAAGCAGUGGAUCUUUCCCCAACUGCCAUAGAGAUUCAGUAUUUACAGCAUGAGGACUGUCUUUCACAAGAUGGGGAGAGCACAGUUUAAGCACUACAGAUAAUCAAGGUGAAGUCUUCCAAAGAGUGGAAAGAGGGAUAAUUGCAUACAGAUGUUGCAACUUUGUUUUUAUAUAUAUGCAUUUAAAAGAGAACCAAAAACGCUGGGGUCAGUGACUGGAUCUUCUAUCAUUCCAUUUGUAAAUCCAACUUGAAUUAUUUCCGGACUACAAAAUGCCAAGGAGUGACUGGAAGUCACGGAUAUCAGGGUUAAACAGACUGUGUAGUUCGGAGGGUGGGGAUAUUACACAGGGAAAUUACAUUCCCUUAAUUUUCUUUCAAUGCAAUAUUAGAUGUAAAUGUCAUCUUGUACUUUACUUUUUUUUCCUUCUAAAAGCCAUUACAAUGUUA